CAGCAUCAGGCCAGGAGCCCCGGCGACGGCAAGCUCCUGGCCCACCCGUCGAACACUGCCAUAAAGUUGUCGCCCGGCCACCACACGCUGCCGCGUAAGAAAACGCUGCCGCUGGACGUCGUUGGCAGGACGAGCAACUCGUCGUCCUCGGGCACCAACGCUCAACAGCAGCAGCAGUUUCAGCGGGGCCAGCCGUUAAGAAGGAGCUGUCUAUCGCCGACGCAGUAUCAUCAUCAGUCACAGCAACAGCAGCAGCCAUCGCAUCAUCAUCAGCACCGACAGCAGGAGAGCUCGUUGCACUUCGAGUACUUUGUGCCUCGCAGCGUUAGCGAGUUCAAUCUUGCUGCCGCUGUGACGGACAUGGCGGUACCGCCACCACCCCCUGCAUCGGUGUUGAGACCGUCCUCGGCGCUCACACCGCCGAUUGUUGGCGGGGUUGGUGGCACCAGCAGCCAGACGCGGUUGUUGGACGUCAGCGGCAAUACUGCCACUAGAAGUCGUGAGAAAAUGGUUACGUUCGAAGAUGAGGGGGUCAGUUGCGGCGCUACCUCGACACCUACCAGGAAGCCUCUGCCUGGACUAGAAAACGUCUUUAUGUGACGUGUGCCGCUACUGAAGCAGUUACUACUAAAGGCGGUCGUAAGAGCAUCAAGAUUCCUGCGAGUUUUACGUCUUUGAGGAGAUACAGAGCAACAAUUUGUGAAAUCGUUGGAACAUCCCUCGAUGUCGUUUGUAAUAGGGAAAAGAUUAAACGGAUCUGAAAAUAAUUUCUUUGAGGAGAAAAAAUAGAUUAGUUACAUAAAAAACUGAGUAAAGCCGGCAGCGAUUGCUGAUUGGGAGAUCUUUUUCAACGACGUCGUUAAGAGACUAAAGGGUCAGUGAGUAUAUCCUAAACACGUAAAUAAAAAAUAUACCAAUUAACCAGAAACGAACCAAAUAUUAGAAACCAAGUUCUGUCUGAUUACAUCGAAAAUUGGUGCAAUUGAAUUUCGUCAAGCUAUCUAACGAAAUAUGAAUAUCAGACAAGAAAGGACCUGUUACGUUUUAUGUAUUUUCCGAUUAAGAUGGUGUAAAGGGAAAGGAAAGCUGGAGGAAAACAAGAAACGAACACGGAAGAGAAAGAGAAGCUUUAGAAGACUGCAAGCCAUUGUAACAUACUUAAACGUGAAAAUUAUAUAAAAUUAUUCCAAAUAUCAAAAAAAUAACAGAGAGUGUGUGGAGACUACUGGUUGUGUUCACAUUAUUAAAAUAAACUCCAGAAAACAAAACAUCCAGAAAUAUUUCAGACAGAAUUUCUAUAAAAGAUAUCAUUCGAUGUGAAUUAUUGGCACUAAGGACUUCUUUCUUACCGAGGAAGAGUGCCUGAAUAAUAAUAUAUCCUAGAUAACACAAAUAUCCAAAAAGCAUCUAAAAUAUGUCUAAAGGACGUUCUGAUUCUUCUGCAAGUCGUUCUCUCCUUUGUGAUAUUCUUUAGACAUCUUUUAGAUGCUCUUUUUAGACAUUUGCGUUGUGCGGAAUUGUUUCUGUGUCUGAGAGAUUUUUAAAAUCGAUUCCAUUAAAUUUUCCAAUGCCAUUUACCGCGUAAUUACGUGGAAAAGCGAGAAAUAAAAGACAAAUGCCAAAUAAACUCAAAAAAAGACAAGAGGGAGAUAAAAACAUUAUAAUCGACAUUUUUCCGUCAUAAAUGAAGACCUCCUCGGUCAAAUGUCGACUGUAUAUUUCUUAUAUUGAUUAAGCCAUGAUUAUUAUUAUUAUUAUAUCACUUGCGCGUAUAGGAUAUCUGUCGAGUAUCCGAAUUUUAUGUCAAAUAAGUCCAAUUAUGUAUUCCGGAUGUUACAUGAAUAGCUUGUAUAUAUAUUCGAAAAGUAUAUUGAACAUUCUAACUUAUACGACUACCUUAUCGUAUAUCAAAUAAAAUAAAGUUAUAUAAAUA